GUGAGUGCGAGAGCGCCUGAAUCCAUUCUCGAAAAACCCGAGUCGCUGUCAAAUUUGCGCCUGGAACACGAAGGCUUAGAUAGUGACCAUGAAGCUCGACCCCAAAGCGAUCCGAUACCUCACGGCGGAGGACUUCCGCGUACUCUCGGCGGUCGAACAAGGCAGUCGAAACCAUGAGAUUGUGCCUACUCCGCUGAUUGCGCAGAUCUCGGGCCUCCGCGGGGGAAGCGGAGUGCACCGAUCGAUCUCGAACCUGGCUAAGACGAACUUAAUAGCGAAGGUGAAGAAUGCUAAAUACGACGGCUACCGCCUCACCUACGGCGGCCUCGACUACCUCGCGCUCCACGCGCAUCAGAAGCAAAAAGUCAUCUACUCCGUGGGCAACCAGAUCGGCGUAGGCAAGGAAUCCGACAUCAACGUGGUAGCCAACCACCAGAAGCAGCAAUGCAUCCUGAAGAUCCACCGACUGGGCCGCAUCUCGUUCCGCACGGUCAAGACCAACCGCGACUACCUGCGCCACCGCACCUCGGCCUCGUGGAUGUACAUGUCGCGGCUGGCGGCGAUGAAGGAGUUUGCAUUCAUGAAGGCGCUGCGCGAGAACGGGUUCUCGGUGCCCGAGCCCAUUGCGCAGAACCGGCACACGAUCGUUAUGUCCCUGAUUGACGCGUUCCCGCUGCGCCAGAUUUCCUCGGUGGCGGAUCCCGCGGGUCUGUAUGCCGAGCUGAUGGAGAUGAUUGUGCGGUUUGCGCGGUAUGGGUUGAUUCAUGGUGAUUUCAAUGAGUUUAAUAUCUUGAUCAAGGAGGUGGUGGUGGAGGAGGAGAGUGAGGACAAGAAGGGAAAGGGCCGCGAGGGAGACGACGAGGAGGAGAAGGUGCAGCUGGUGCCGGUCGUCAUCGAUUUCCCGCAGAUGGUCUCCAUCGAUCACCCUAAUGCGGAGAUGUAUUUCGAUCGCGAUGUGAACUGCAUCAAGCGGUAUUUUUCGCGCAAGUUUCACUUUGUGAGUGAUGUGCCCGGCCCCUUCUUUGCUGAGGCCAAGAAGCAGAUGAUGCAGAAUCCCGGGAAGCGGUUGGAUGUGGAGGUGGAGGCCUCAGGUUUCUCGAGGAAGAUGGCUCGCGAGUUGGAGAAUUAUAUGCAAGAGGUUGGUGCGACAGGAGAUGGUGGGAGUGAUCGGGAGGGUGAGGAGGACGAAGAGGACGAAGAGGAGGAAGACGGGGAAGAGGAAGAGGAGGAGGAUAGGCAUUCGCAGUCGGAUGAGAUCGACGAGAGCUCUCGACGGCUGGGCAAGAUGCAAGUGUCGCAGUAGCUGUGCUGUGAAGGUAAAAGAUAUGAUAGCUCAUGACCAUAAUGAAUACCGUUAUUCGGG